UCCAGAACUAUUUCAGUGCUAGCAGCAAGAGAAUCAAAGAGUGUAAGAGAAUGGGUUUUGCUAAGGAACACAUAGUGAUGCUACCAUUCUUGGCUCAAGGCCAUCUGAUCCCAUUUCUAGCCCUUGCCAAGAAAAUCCAGCACAGAACUGGCUUCAGCAUCACCAUAGCCACCACCGCACUCAACGCUCAAUACCUUCGUUCUGCACAACCCAACACCAACAUCCACUUGGCCGAGCUUCCCUUCCACAGCGAAGAUUAUGGCCUCCCGCCCAACACGGAGAACACAGAGGAUUUACCUCUUCAUUUAAUCGGCAACCUCUUCGUUGCGUCGCAACAUCUCGAAGCUCCGACUCGCCGUAUGGUCUCCGACAUCACCGAGAAGGAAGGUAAGCCCCCGCUUUGUUUAAUUUCCGACGUGUUUUUUGGGUGGGCUGUGAAUGUUGCCAAAAGCUCUGGCACUGUGAAUAUCGCUUUCACCACCAGUGGGGCUUAUGGCACGGCAGCGUACAUGUCACUCUGGCAACAUCUCCCUCAGCGUAGUGUGUCUUCAGACGAUGAGGAGUUUCACCUUCCGGGGUUCCCCGAACGGUGUCGCUUGACGCCGUCUCACUUGCACCCGUUUCUGAGAGCCGCCGACGGUAAUGAUUCUUGGUCGAGAUAUUUCCAGCCGCAGAUCGCGCUCGCGACGAAGUCUGGUGGUUGGAUAUGCAACACGGUUGAGGAAAUCGAGCCGUUUGGACUAGAGGUGUUGCGAGAUUACCUUAAGGUUCCUGUUUGGUCUAUAUUGGCUUCGAACAUUUCCAGCAAAAAAUAUUCCGGCAAGAAAUCUGGAGUUUCAACCGAGAAAUGCAUAGAGUGGCUGGACUCGCACGCUUCUGAAUCCGUGGUGUAUAUCUCGUUUGGUUCUCAGAACACGAUCAGUGCUUCCCAGAUGAUGGAAUUGGCCAAAGGGUUGGAAAAGAGCGGGAAGCCGUUUGUGUGGGUCAUAAGGCCGCCGGUGGGUCAAGACUUAAAGGGAGAAUUCCGACCGGAAUGGCUGCCGGAACGUUACGAGGAGCGUAUGAGGGAGACGAAGCAGGGGCUGCUGAUACACAACUGGGCGCCACAGCUUGACAUACUGGCACACACGGCGACGCGGGCGUUUGUGAGUCACUGCGGGUGGAACUCGGUGGUGGAAAGCUUAAGCAGAGGAGUGCCGAUCAUUGGGUGGCCGCUGGCGGCGGAGCAGUCGUAUAACUCGAAGAUGUUGGUGGAGGAGAUGGGAGUGAGUGUGGAGCUGACGAGGGGUGUUAAGAGUAAUGUGGUGGCAGAGGAGGUGAGGAGAGUGAUUGAGUUGGUAGUCAAUGAGAAUGGGGAGGGUGGUGAGAUGAGGAGGAAGGCUGGUGAGAUUAUGGGGAAGAUAAGAGGAGCUGCAGGGGAGGAUGGUGAAGCAAUGGGAUCUUCUGCUGAAGCCAUGGAUGAUUUAGUUUCUAAACUUCUAUCACAAAGAGAAGGAAUAGUAUCAGAAAUUCCAUAAUUAUGUAUUUUUCAAUUAGGAGGGAAGCAGAAUUAUGAAUGUGGCAUUUCUGUCUUCUGACGACUUAGAAUUUGCUCCUAGGCUUUGCGAAAUUGAGAUUGUGCACUGAAGUUUAAUUGAAUGAAACCAAACAUUCUGGCAUAUAUAGCUGUGUUUCAACUACGGAUGAGAUUCUUUGCAUGUACACACAAUGCAUUGGUUAAACGCGCCGGCUUAGUGUGUUUUAACUUUUAACCAACGGUACAAACCUGAAUGGAUUCAGAGUUUGUAUCUAU